AUGGCAGACCCAAGCCUACCAACAACGCAUCGAGUUUGGCGUAUGAAAAGUGAAGUGAAAGACACGAAAGAUGCAAAAUCCAUUGAAGAGAGUCUGUCACUCGAGGAAGAGCAAGUUCCGACUAUCAAGGAAGGCCAAAUCUUGGUCCAAGUGGCUUGCUGCACCAUCAAUCAUGAAGACAUAUUGCAUUUGAAAAAUGCGUACGUCAACACGAAAGAUAUACCAAUACCCCGUGGUGUUGGGUUCGAAGGAUCGGGCAAAGUUGUGGCCAGUAAAGCUCCGUUCUAUCUUGGAUUGAAGGUCGGGUCUCGUGUGGCCUUUUAUUCUGACCAAUCAUGUGCCUUGGCAGAAUAUCUGGUAUGCGAUGCUCAAACCGUCACACCCAUCCCAGCCGGAGUUUCAUAUAGUACAGCAGCGGCUGCCGUCACCAACGCCUUUUCGGUUUUGCUCAUGGUCCAAAAUCUCAAAAAGGGUGGACACAAAGCAGUGGUCAAUACCGUCGGGGCGGGUAGCUUGGGGCGGCUCUUUACCAAACACGCCAAGUCUCUGGGCAUUAAUGUCAUUGCUCUCGUCCGUCGAGAUUCCCAAAAGGAUCUCUGCCAAGCCGAUGGGGCCAAAGUCGUUUUGAACCUAUCGGAUCCAGAUUUUGACCAACAACUCUCCCAGGCCAUUCAAGAGACCAACUGCCACUUCGCCUACGACGGGUUGGCCGGAGAUAUGCCAGAUCGUCUUUUAAAGGCAUUACCCCUUCAUUCCGUCGUGAGCAUAUAUAGUGAGAUUGUGAGCAAAAAGCUCACCAUCGACGUCAACCAUCUUUAUCAGAAGCGCAUUGAAGCCUUCAAUGCCGGCGAUGAAGCCAAAGCUUUGUGGACUGUCCAGAUGUUGCCAUUGAUGAGCAAGCUACAAAAAUGGAUGGCCACUCCCGAAAUGCAGACAACUAUCCGAACCCAGUUUGAAUUUGACAAGUUGCCAGAGGCCAUUAGUAAUUCGGCUUCUGAGAAAAAGUCUGAUGGCAAGGUUCAAGUGAUUGUGACCCCGUCCAUGCUGUGA